GAAGUUUCAAGAGAUUUAUGAGAAAGCAUGGGAUUAUGCUGGAGAAUUCGUGGAAUAAUGAUCCCCACUCCCUUGUCAUGAGAACCUUUAAGAAUAUCUUCGACCUCUACGUUUCUGCUGCAUCAUACACAAAUCUGCCCCGCAACCCACAUGAGUUGGUCAUCCAGAGUAAGGAACAAAUGUCGAAAGUGCGAAGAAUUCUAACUCGUCAAGAGAAGAAGUUUGUGAAGAGUGGCUCAGAGUUCGUUUGCAUGGCUGGUGGCUGUGGGAUUGGGAAAACUUUCGUCCAUGCGAUGGGAGAGAAAAGAGGGGACAUAUUGCUAAUCAAUUUCGCUGGAAGACUGCUUACAGAAGAAUAUCGAAGCACACUUAAAGAAGCGAGUGUGAUGGUGUUGGACGGGGUAUCGGAAGAAAUUCCAGAGGAUUUCGAAGAGUUCUGCAAGUUCCUGCAGUUCCGGGGAAAUGGGAAACAUAUUUUGUUAGUCGAGGUCCCUAUUACUUUUGGCUUUCGAGGUCGCCAGGACGAAGCGAGUCUCUCCAAGCAUUGGGCAGGGAUCAAACGUCUGAAAGGGGAUAUCAAGAGCCUCACCAUCGCAUUCCGUACAUAUCAUCCGAGCUACAAGAGAGAAAUCGAUAUGCAAAGGAUCCAGAUUCCGGACGUUAAGACAUUGGUCUUGAAUACUAGCAUGACGGUAACGUGGCACGUCGCAGACUUGACGUCAGCCCUCGAAGACUACUCCCACAGAAAAUUCUUCUGCUUAGAGCCUAGUAUAAUGGACACAGAUUUCGGGUUUCCUAAGGAGGAGUUUCUGCCAACAUCAUGCUUGAUUCCUUCGUGCCACUCACUCCACGAUGCGUGCUCCUCGAAAGAGACUUGUGAAACAUUUAGAACUUCUUUUGCCAUCGUCAAACUUCUUCGGGAACGAUCCCCGGUAGAAAAGCCGCUCUAUGUCGUGGUGGACAGCAUGGAUCGUCGAAACCGUCUCUUGGGCACUCUUCAUUGUAAUUACGACACCGGUGUAAUAUUCAUUGACGACGAUGGAACGACAUGGGAAAAGCCUUCUCGUGAAAGUGACUCUAAGGUUGUGCUUGUAACUGCUGAUCAAAUUCUCGGAUAUCAUGGGGACAACAGCAUUGUUAUCCUAGAUUUACCUGAUUGCACGUGGAGAAAUUAUGUACGAAUGAUAUCCUCAAGUUACAAUAAUAUUACCAUCCUUAUGGAGCGUGAAAGUUUUGAAAUGGGAAAGUAUUCCCUGAUAAUACGGAAUCCGAAGAUUAUUGAAGAAACCGGGCUGAUAGGGCUUUUGGAGAUGUUGCAAAAGAAGACAGAUGUGAUGCCACAUGUGGACCGCGAGGGGUGUCAACGGAUCGACCUUCCCAUCAACUUUCAGGUCAAGUCUCUCCCAUAUAGCAAGGCUCCCCCUCGAUGCACCGUUAUCUUCGGACCGGCAUCGUCGGGGAAAAGUAUGAUGCUGCUCGAGAGCAUCAAACUACAUUCCCGCCUUGACCCGAAUGCAAAUCGAUGCGUUCUUAUCCACUUGGGAAGCAUCCUCAGUCAUAAAGUUGCGCAGGUUUUUCUCAAUAGUCACAUUAAUAGAUGUGAUGUUGUUCAAUCAACAGCAUUGUCUCCACAUGACAUACUUUUUCAUAAUCGCGUGAAGGAAAUCAUGAGAGAGUAUCCAAAGUCAUCCAUUCAUGUUUAUGUCGACGAUUAUUCAAUUCAGGCUAAGGAGACAGCGGAAGAGAUUCAUAAGUGGACCACGGCCCUAAAUGAUUUUUGGAAGAAAAAUGAUCGGAAAGUAACGGUAUCGAUUGUUUUCCAGCCUCACUCAAGAAAUGGUCGGAACAUAGAUACAGCAAAACUGAAGUCAUUUUUUAGGAAAGAACUUGAAGCCAUUGUUUUCACACUCCCCAUAUCUAAGUGGAUCGUUCCUUGCUACACCAGCCCAAAGCUCCUGACACACAUUUCCAGGAAUGAAGUUAACAUUCCGUCGGGGCUAGAGAUAAGAGGCCUUUACUCUCCCUCUUAUUCAGCUUCCAUUGUCUUUGGGCCGAAGCCUAAGUACAUCAAGUACAGAUGUGGCAACCGACAUUUUGAGAAGAUUUGCAAGGGACAACAAUAUUGUGAACCGAGUCUGGGCGUUCUUGUGUGCUUCCUUUCUGUGCUGAGGCAUGAUGUAAGAGAAACACUCAGAGAAACACUUGUACGUGUGCUUGUGUCAGACGAGACACUCAUGGCGAAUCUGCAGAGAUGGAUGGAGAUCUGGAAUCCUCAGGAUUCCAUAGAGUUACGGUUUCUCCACCCAAGGGAAUUUCACGGUUGCACAGGGGAUUUCAUCAUUACCGUGAAUGUUGAGGAUGCCUGGCUUAUGGAAAGCGUCUCCACACGCACGAUGAAUCUUGCUAUCAUUGACACCUUAUAA